AUGGCGACGCUGCAGCUCAACCACAUCGCGCGGGAGACCUCCGACGUGGUCCGCCUCGCCGCCUUCUACGAGGCCGUGCUGGGGUUCGAGCGCAUCCCUUCGCCCACCUACUCGGGCUUCCAGGUCGCCUGGCUCCGCCUCCCGAGCUCCCCCGACGUCGCGCUCCACCUCAUCGAGCGGGACCCCGCCGCGGCACCCGUUGCGGUGGGGCCUGGCGCCGAGGGCGCGCCGCCGUCGCAGCUGCCCCGGCGCCACCACCUCGCCUUCUCCGUCGCCGACUACGACGGGUUCGUGACCGGGCUGAAGGCGCGCGGCACCGAGGUGUUCGAGAAGACGCAGCCAGACGGGCGCACGCGCCAGGUCUUCUUCUUCGACCCCGACGGCAAUGGCCUAGAGGUUACUAGCGCUGGUGCAGGCAAUGAUAAGUGA